AUGAGGAAGGUGUUCCGUAGCGGUGAAGGGAUGGGUAUACGUCUAGACUCAGCCUCAGCCUUCCCUGGAGCUGUGAUCUCCCCCCACUAUGAUUCUCUGCUGGUCAAAGUCAUCGCCUCUGGGAAAGACAUGUCCACCGCCGCCGCCAAGAUGCACCGCGCUCUCUCUGAGUUCAGAGUCCGGGGGGUCAAGACCAACAUCCCCUUCCUCCAGAAUGUUCUGAGUAAUCACCAAUUUCUACACAGUACAGUGGACACUCAGUUUAUAGAUGAGAACCAGAACCUGUUUGUCAUGAAGCCAGUCCAGAACAGAGCACAGAAACUACUGCACUACCUGGGUCAUGUGAUGGUGAACGGACCAACCACACCCAUUCCUGUCAAGGCUAAGCCCUCCUCCAUCGACCCUGUCAUCCCUACUGUACCCAUGGGUGAUCCGUCAUUAGGGUUCCGUGACGUCCUGCUCCGUGAGGGUCCAGAGGGCUUUGCCAAGGCAGUGAGAGCCCACCCUGGUCUACUGCUCAUGGACACCACCUUCAGGGACGCCCACCAGUCCCUCCUGGCCACCAGGGUGCGAACUCACGACCUGAAGAAGAUAGCACCUUACGUAUCACAUAACUUCAACAACCUGUUCAGCCUGGAGAACUGGGGAGGAGCUACAUUUGACGUAGCCAUGCGUUUCCUGUACGAGUGUCCCUGGAAGAGACUCCAGGAGCUGAGAACCUUAGUACCCAACGUUCCCUUUCAGAUGUUACUGAGAGGAGCUAACGCUGUGGGAUACACUAACUACCCUGAUAACGCAGUGUUCAAGUUCUGUGAGGUGGCGAAGGAGAACGGCAUGGAUAUAUUCCGUGUAUUUGACAGUCUCAACUACCUCCCUAACAUGAUACUGGGCAUGGAAGCCGCCGGCAGGGCAGGAGGGGUGGUGGAGGCUGCUAUCUCCUACACAGGAGACGUAUCAGACCCCAUGAGACAGAAGUACUCCCUGGCGUACUAUGUUAAGCUGACUGAGGAACUGAUGAAGGCUGGGACUCACGUACUCUGUAUCAAGGACAUGGCUGGUCUGUUGAAGCCGGAGUCCAGCCGUAUCCUGAUCAGUGCCCUGCGUGAUCGUUAUCCUGACGUUCCCAUCCACGUCCACACACACGACACAGCAGGGGCUGGAGUAGCCGCUAUGCUGGCCUGCGCUGAGGCCGGGGCCGACGUAGUGGAUGUCGCGGUGGACUCCAUGGCAGGGAUGACGUCACAGCCCAGCAUGGGAGCCAUGGUGGCCUGCACCAAAGGAACCAAACUCGACACUGACUGUAGACGACAGCAGCAGAAUGAGGAAGAUGAGGAAGUACUCGACGAAAGAGAAAAGAUGACCAAUAUGAAGUGUUUACGAUGGCUGUCUCCCCUCUCCCCGCCCCACUCCCCCCCCUCACAGGUUCUAAAAUCCCUCCCCCGUAUCGAGGGGCGUCCUGGUGCCACCCUGCCUCCCCUGGACUUCGAUGCCCUGGAGGCCGGGCUUCGUUUGCUGCACGGCGAUGACAUCACAGAGGAGGAUGUGAUGUCAGCGGCCAUGUAUCCCAAGGUGUUCCAGGAGUACAAGGAAUUCACAGGUAGCUUCGGUCCCGUCGACUGCCUCAGCACACGACUCUUCUUGGACGGGCCCAAGAUAGCAGAGGAGUUUCAGGUGGAGAUAGAGAGAGGGAAGACGUUACACAUCAAGGCCCUAGCGGUGGGAGACUUGAAUAAGACAGGUCAGAGAGGAGUCUUCUUUGAGCUCAACGGUCAGCUGCGGUCCGUCCUGGUCAAAGAUAAUGUGGCCAUGAAGGAGAUGAAGUUCCAUCCCAAGGCUCUGAAGUCCGUCCGGGGUCAGGUGGGGGCACCCAUGCCCGGAAAGGUCAUCGAGGUCAAAGUUGAGCCUGGUCAGAAGGUGGAGAAGGGUCAGCCGCUUUGUGUUCUGUCAGCUAUGAAGAUGGAGACUGUGGUCAACUCUCCACUGACUGGGGUUGUCACGGUGAUUCAUGUCAACACUGAUAAUAGUUUGGAAGGAGAUGAUUUGAUAUUGGAAAUCACUGCAGAGGAGUAGAGAGAUGGAGUAGAGAGAUGGAGUAGAGAGAGAGAGUGGAGAGAUGGAGUAGAGAGAUGGAGUAGAGAGAGGGAGUAGAGAGAGGGAGUAGAGAGAGGGAGUAGAGAGAGAGAGAGAGAGAGAGAGAGAAAGAGGAGGAGAGAAAUAGGUUUUAUUUUAGCUGAGUAAUUAUUCGUUGGUGAAUUAAUUACCUUUACUAAUGAUGUUUAAAUUAGCAGCAAUAAUGUGGUGACCCUGGGGAUAGAGAGUAUUUAGCUGUUGAUAUUCUCCUGUGUGUGUGUAUGUGUGUGUGUGUGUGUUUGUCACCGGCUGCAAACUUGUUUUAAUGUUAAAUCUAGCGGAGCUGGAAAACCUAUUCCUGAGGCUUUGAAAUAUUCAUGGUAACAUUUUGUUAGCCGCUGCCUGACGCUACACACACGCAAUGCAUCGUGGGACAGUUGUCAUGGCAACGUCACUGUCGUCAUCUCACACAUUUUAGAAUAGAAUCAAGCAAUCAAGUUAGGUUAUUAUAAUGGUUAUAAUCAUAUUAUGUUUAUGUUACUUUGUUUAUAAUAAUUAGCUUUCCUAAAUGAGUUUUUGACUGUUUUCUUAACAAGGUAAUUAGUAAUCUGCAUCUACUGUAGGACUUGAAUAUUACUUUACUUUAAAAUGUUUUAAAAUGUUUUUCCACCAACUUACAUCUUUGAUUGAAAUGAGAUGAAUAUUUUGUACCAGAUGCUAUGAACAUGAAAACAUCUGAAUUAUAUUUUAUAUAUUAUAAUAUAUAUUAUAUUAUAUAUUAUAUUAUAUAUUAUAUUGGUACGUUUUUGUCAAAAGCUACAUUACAAUCAACCCAACACAGAUUCCCUGCAUCUACCUUUUCACCUCAUUCCCCCACCCUCCCUCCCUGCCUCCCUCCUUCC